AUGGCUGAUCUUGCCUUUCCUUUGGCAACCAAACUCAUUGAAAAGCUCGGGUCCUUUGCUUCUGAGCAGAUCUGCUUGGCUUGGGGCGUUAAAGCUGAUCUGAAAAAGCUUCAGCGCACAAUGUCCACCAUCAAAGGUGUCAUCUUGGAUGCCGAACAGAAGCAAGCUCAUAACCAGCAGAUACGCAGUUGGCUAAGACAGCUUAAAGAUGUAUUUCUUGAUGCCGAGGAUUUGUUGGAUGAGUUUGAGUGCGAAGCUUUGCGGAGGGAAGUGGUGGAAACAUUUCAUGGCACAACUGGAAAGGUACGCCGUUUCUUCUCUCGUUCUAAUCCAAUUGCAUUCCGUUUGAGAGUAGGUCAUGAAAUCAAGGAGAUUAGAGAGAGGUUAGAUGAGCUCAAGUCCAAUAAGGCUAUAUUUGAUUCUCUCACUAGUAUUGAUCAUCAUGGAGGUGGUGGUGAUCAUCAUGAAAGAGUGAAUGUGACCCACUCCUUCGUUCGUGCUUCAAAGGUUAUUGGUAGAGAGUCUGAGAAGAAACAAAUUGUAAAUCUCUUGAUGGAACAAGGUGAUGAUGAUCAAAGUGGGAAUGGGAAUGUCUCUGUUAUUCCUAUAGUGGGGAUUGGAGGUUUAGGGAAGACCACGCUUGCCAAGUUGGUGUACGAUGAUGAAAGGGUCGUUGGGCAUUUCCAAAAGAGGAUGUGGGUGUCUGUUUCAGUGGACUUUGAAAUUACUAGAUUGAUAAAGAUGAUUCUUAGUUCUGCAUUAGAUACAGAGAUGGGUGAUAAAUUGAGUCUGGAUCAGUUGCAAGGAAGGCUACGUCAUGCUUUAAAGGAUAAUAAAUUUUUGCUUGUUUUGGAUGAUGUUUGGAAUGAGGAUCCUAUUAAAUGGAGUGAGUUAAGAGAUUUAUUGAUAGAGGGAGCCAAGUCAGGAAGUAAGAUUUUAGUGACGACAAGAAAUACCUCGGUUGCUGAGAUGAUGGAAUGUGCUUUUAAAGAGGGACGUGAUAAAGGCUAUCCUAACCUCUUUGAAAUGGGAAAGGAUAUUGUCAGAAAGUGCGGAGGGGUUCCACUGGCAGUGAAAACUUUAGGGAGUCAACUAUACUCAAAAACCGAUGAGCGCGAAUGGAAAUUGGUGCGAGAUUCUGAGAUAUGGGAAUUGAAACAAGAAGAUGCUGGUCACAUUUACCUGCUUUGA